AUGUUACGCUUGGUUGGAUACGGCAGCCGAGCGGCGAUACGGCCGGCAGCGGCGGCGCUCGCUCCCCUCCGAGGGGCACGGGCACCCCAGCUCCGGUUCAACCUGACCCAGCUGGCCCUGGCUCUGGCCCUGGCCCUGGCGCAAGCGUCGUCACCGGUGGCGGAGAAACUCCACCACUUAGAGGACGAGAUCCUGGACAAGUUGCUUGGCUUUGACCACCACCCCACCGCUAUCCCUGAGACCACCUUGCACAGCGACCAGAUCGGCUACUUGGAGCUGAUUGGCCUCGCCCAAGGGUGGGGUCCCACGGCGAUGGUGGAACGGCUUUUGGAGGCGGCCCACGUGUACACGGGUUUGCCGUGGUGGGCGACGAUUGUCGUCGCCACCGUGGCCGUGAGAACGGUGAUGUUCCCGUUGUACGCCAAGGCGCUGGCCAACGCCGCCAAGAUGAUGCCGGUGAAGCCCGAGCUUGACGCGGCGAUGCAGGCGAUGAGAGAGGCGCUGCUGCCCCAAGAACAGUACCAGGCGAUGAACCAGCGUAAGCAGAUCCUCAAAAAGCAUGACAUCCACAUGCUGCACCAGAUGUUGCCCGUGCUCCAGUUGCCGGUGGCCUACGGGUUCUUCCAGGCGUUGAGAAAGAUGGGUAACGCCAACGUCGAAGGGUUUGAGACCCAGGGGACGGCGUGGUUCACCGACUUGACCCAGGUCGACCCCUACUUGGGGUUGCAGGCGAUCACUGCCGCGGUGGUGAUGUUGAUGAUCAGAAAGGGGGGUGAGACCGGGGGCUCGACCAUGCUGGAGCCGGUGAAGAAGCUCAUGAUGGCGUUGCCGAUCGCGUCGAUCUUCAUCACCAAGUCGUUUUCGGCGGCGGUGGUGCUCUACUUCUGCACCAACUCGGUAUUGUCGUUGGUGCAGACGACGCUCUUGCGUCUGGCUGGCUUCCGCAAGUUGUUGAAGUUGCCGCCGAUGGUGGCGCCGCCCGUUGUCGAGGGCGCUCCCAAGCUGCCCCAGACCAUCAGCGAGUGGUACCAAGGGUUCGUGAAGCGGCUGAAGGACUCGGCGAUCAAGCUGGCCCGCGACACCAACAACAAGUUGGAGGCGUUGCACAAGAAGCGCGAGAUGUCGACGGGGGGUUUUGUCAAACGCCACAAGAAGUAG